AUGGGGCGGGCACCCCGCCCCAUUCUCCCGCUUUCCAUCACCGCGCCCAAUCUCCCCCUUUCCAUCACCCCUCCCCAUUCUCCUGCUUUCCAUCACCCCGCCCCAUUCUCCCGCUUUCUAUCACCCCGCCUUAUUCUCCCUCUUUCCAUCACCCUACCCCAUUCUCCCGCUUUCCAUCACCCUGCCCCAUUAUCCCGCUUUCCAUCACCCCGCCCCAUUAUCCCGCUUUCCAUCACCCCGGCUCAUUCUCCCUCUUUCCAUCACCCCGCCCCAUUCUCCCUCUUUCGAUCACCCCGCCCCAUUCUCCCGCUUUCCAUCACCCCUCCCCAUUUUCCCGCUUUCCAUCACCCCGCCCCAUUCUCCCUCUUUCCAUCACCCCGCCCCAUUCUCCCAAUUUCCAUAACCCCGCCCCAUUCUCCCGCUUUCCGUCACCCCGCCCCAUUCUCCAGCAUUCCAUCACCCCGCCCGAUUCUCCCGCUUUCCAUCACCUCGCCCCAUUCUCCCGCUUUCCAGCACCCCGCCCCAUUCUCCCGCUUUCCAUCACCCCGCCCCAUUCUCCCGCUUUCCAGCACCCUGCCCCAUUCUUCCUCUUUCCAUCACCCUGCCCCAUUCUCUCGCUUUCCAUCACCCGCCCCAUUCUCCCUCUUUCCAUCACGCCGCCCCAUUCUCCCGCUUUCCUUCACCCCGCCCCAUUCUCCCUCUUUCCAUCACCCCGCCCCAUUCUCCCUCUUUCCAUCACCCCGCCACAUUCUCCCGCUUUCCAUCACCCCGCCCCAUUCUCCCUCUUUCCCUCACCCCGCCCCAUUCUCCCGCUUUCCAUCAUCCCGCCCCAUUCUCCCGCUUUUCAUCACCUCGCCCCAUUCUCCCUCUUUCUAUCACCCCGCCCCAUUCUCCCGCUUUCCAUCACCCCGCCCCAUUCUCCCUCUUUCCAUCACCCCGCCCCAUUUUCCCUCUUUCUACACCCCGCCCCAUUCUUCCGCUUUCCAUCACCCCGCCCCAUUCUCCCUCUUUCCAUCACCCUACCCCAUUUUCCCUCUUUACAUCACCCCGCCCCAUUCUCCCUCUUUCCAUAACCCCGCCCCAUUCUCCCGCUUUCCAUCACCCCGCCCCAUUCUCCCGCUUUCCAUCUCCCCGCCCCAUUCUCCCGCUUUCCAGCUGCCCGCCCCAUUCUCCCGCUUUCCAUCACCCCGCCCCAUUCUCCCGUUUUCCAUCACCCCGCCCCUUUCUCCCGCUUUCUAUCACCCCGCCCCAUUCUCCCGCUUUCCAUCACCCCGCCCCAUUCUCCCUCUUUCCAUCACCCCGCCCCAUUCUCCCUCUUUCCACCACCCCGCCCCAUUCUCUCUCUUUCCAUCACCCCGCCACAUUCUCCCCCUUUCCAUCACACCGCCCCAUUCUCCUUCUUUCCAUAACCCCGCCCCAUUCUCUCGCUUUCCAUCACCUGCCCCAUUCUCCCUCUUUCUAUCACCUCGCCCCGUUCUCCCGCUUUCCUUCACCCCGCCCCAUUCUCCCUCUUUCCAUCACCCCGCCCCAUUCUCCCUCUUUCCAUCACCCCGCCCCAUUGUCCCUCUUUCCAUCACCCCGCCACAUUCUCCCGCUUUCCAUCACCCUGCCCUAUUCUCCCUCUUUCCAUCACCCCGCCCCAUUCUCCCUCUUUCCAUCACCCCGCCCAAUUCUCCCUCUUUCCAUAACCUCGCCCCAUUCUCCCGCUUUCCAUCACAUCGCCCCAUUCUCCCGCUUUCCAGCACCCCGCCCCAUUCUCGCGCUUUCCAUCACCCCGCCCCUUUCCCCCGAUUUCCAGCACCUCGCCGCAUUCUCCCGCUUUUCAUCACCACGCCCCAUUCUCUCUCUUUCUAUCACCUCGUUCCAAUCUCCCACUUUCCAUCAACCCGCCCCAUUCUCCCGCUUUCCAGCACCCCGCCUGAUUCUUCCGCUUUCCAUCACCCCGCCCCAUUCUCCUGCUUUCCAUCACCCCGCCCCAUUCUCCCUCUUUCCAUCACCCUGCCCCAUUCUCCCUCUUUCCAUCACCCCGCCCCCUUCUCCCUCUUUCCAUAA